GGCAGGGGGUGGGGCCCAGAGGAGUGCCGCCUCCCCUCUAUCCCGGAGCUUGGGCGGAGAGGGAGGAAAACUUCCUGGCCUGGGCUCCGGGCAGCUCCGUCCGCCAGCCCUCCGAUCCCGCCUACCAGUGCCCGGAGCUUCCCCACCCCUCCCCCGGCUCCCCAGUGUCCGCCAUGGCCAAAGCCUACGACCACCUCUUCAAGUUGCUGCUGAUCGGGGACUCGGGGGUGGGCAAGACUUGUCUGAUCAUUCGCUUUGCAGAAGACAACUUCAACAACACUUACAUCUCCACUAUCGGAAUCGACUUCAAGAUCCGCACUGUGGAUAUAGAGGGGAAGAAGAUCAAAUUGCAGGUCUGGGACACGGCUGGCCAGGAGCGGUUCAAGACGAUCACCACCGCCUACUACCGCGGGGCCAUGGGCAUUAUCCUAGUGUAUGACAUCACAGAUGAGAAAUCCUUCGAGAACAUUCAGAACUGGAUGAAAAGCAUCAAAGAGAAUGCCUCUGCAGGGGUGCAGCGUCUGCUGCUGGGGAACAAGUGUGACAUGGAGGCCAAGAGGAGAGUGCGGAAGGAGCAGGCCGACCAGCUGGCUCGGGAGCACGGAAUUCGGUUCUUCGAGACAAGUGCCAAAUCCAGCACAAAUGUGGAUGAGGCUUUCAGCUCCCUGGCCCGGGACAUCUUGCUCAAGUCAGGAGGCCGGAGAUCGGGAAACAGCCACAGGCCCCCCGGCGCGGACCUGAGAGCUUGUGACAAGAAGAGCAGCAGCAGGUGCUCCCUCGGCUGAGGACCUGGGCCUGGACGCUGGGCCGAGGGCGGGCAGGUGGCUGGGCUGCCAGAACCUGGCCAGGUUCCUGUGACACCAAGACCUGUGUGCAGCUGUCCCUUUCCUGCGAUUUCAUGGACAAGAGAACAGCAAGGAGGUUCUCUGAACCUGAGGGGCUUGACAUCCUUUCCAUGAUGGAAAUUAGAGGGUCCUUAUGGGCAGAACCUUGCCUAGUAUCCAGAAGGGCUCUUUCUUAGGCCUUCCCAGGGGAGAGACAGCCCUGGCCUCAAGGAAAUAACAGGACCUUGUAUUGUUUAUCCCAUGAUUUCUUUAAGCGCCUUUGAUUCUGCCAGCAGUCCUUUUAGGUGACUAGUAGGUGUUAUUUUCCAUUUUUAUAGAGGAGGAAAAUGAGGCACAGAAGAGGCUCAUUUACUCCUAAAUCUUUAUUGAGCAUCUAGUAUGUGCCAAGCACAACAGUCAAGAUAAUGUAACUUUUGGGUGGAACUGUACGUGAUGGACAAGCAAAUUUUAACACAUACUGCUCCUAAAUACUGCACAACAAAGAGGCCAAACUACUGGCAUGCCAAAGAACUACCACCUUGACCCACAGCCCCCUUUUGACCCUUACACCACAGUAUCGAAACAGCAAACUUCUCUCACAGGACCUUUUAACAGGAUUAAUGAACAUAUCAGAUUUGGUUUAGGCAAAAUACCAUUAGGAGUGUAAUUCGCAGAUCUGAAGUUCAAGGCAUUUAAGAAAUCCCCAUGCCUGUGGCGUGGAAGUGGAUGGCAUGACCCUGGGGACAGCAGCAAGGCUUUCUGUGCUGCUGUUUCUUGUUGGUAAAACACAACACCAGGAAAGGGCCUGGCCGUGCCGGGAGGAGAACUGUGGUGUGGUCGGAUAAAUGUGUUAGGUGCCAAGCUUCCAUGGGGUGAAGAUCUUACCUGGAUCACGUCUGAGCUCUGUAGUCAACGACCCAGCGAGUGUAAUUUGCGAGUGUAAUUUGCUCAAGGUUAUGAGGAAAGACUUACAUUUCGUGAAUCCCAGGGAGAACACUGACUAACCUUCACCAUACCCCAGAGCAAAGAUUUUAAAAGCCAGUUUCAGUGUGGAGGCUUAUUGUUGCUUGGUAAAGCCAGUGGAUGGGAGAGCUUUUGACCCUCGCCUGUCCAGAGACAUGGUAGGGUUUGAUAAGGAGUAACAGCAUGCUAGAAGGUUUCAGCCAAGACUUUUCCUACAGCUAAAAGCCACUGGAAAACACCCACACCUACUUUGGUAGCGCACAACUACUGAUCCGCACAAAUAGUAACGUAGGGGAACGAGCAAGUAGUCACAGAAAAGUAAAGCUCAGUCCUCACAGUUUUUUUGUUCAACUCCUGUGCAGUGGGCUUUCCAGUCUGAUGGCUCCUGUUCUUGAGCAGCCAGCUUUACUCCCGAUGGGAAGUCAGAAUUUAGGGGACAUUGCACCCAUAAAUUUUAAUCCUAAAAUAAAGUACUGUAGCCCUGGGGUCGCGGGAGUAGCUGUUAUAUUUAGGCCAGGAACGCUUCUUGGGAGAGGAGAAUGUGGGGUGGCGUUAACAAAAGUCUGGGGACGAGCCCUUUCAUCUUGAGAAGUGGGGGACAGAUUACUAUUAGUGACCUUCUUUAUGUGAAUUUAAGUAUCUCCUUGAACUCACAGGGUCCAGUUGUCUGGGAGGCUGUAGACCUGUAUGUGUGUAAAGCUAGGAUGAAAAUACGGGCAGAGUUAGGUAAUAACUAAUGCCACACGGUAAAGCAAGAGUGUGGGUCAAGUCUCUGCGUCCUGGAUACACACACAUCCAGGGUUAACUCCAUGGGGAUGGAAAGCAGGGGUGAAUCUUUGGCCUUGGAGCUGAACGUCUGGGGCUCACGCCUUAGGUCUCCCACUCACUCGCUGGGUGACCUUGGACAAUCCCUUAUACUCUGAGCUUACUCAUAAAAUGGGACUGAUAAGCUACUCUGACUCCUCAGGAAUACUGAAAAUCAAAACGACCUAAAUGUUGGAUUCAAAAACUAUGACAGUAAUGUGACGCGAUGCAAUUAGAGAAUAAAGGAAAUACUUUACUACA